AUUGCAAGGACAGAGAGGGAAUGGAUGCUGCUGCUGCUGGGACUGAGUGAUGAAGCAAAUGAUAGAAUUAUAGAAGCCAUGAAGAGUUUUCUGGAAAAGAUGUGGUGUGCAAGGAAUAGGGAAUUGGAAGAUGUGUAAUGGAUACUGCUUGUUUUGUUUUAUUUUUACAGGUUGUGUCGAUGCGAAGGCCUGACUCUCCAACGGGUCACCUGUACAGCAAGAGCAAGAGAGCACACGCCGCAUCCCUUCUGGCCCUGCCCAACCAGCCCCCUAAAACACCCCAGAAGAAGAAGACGACGAAGGCUCCACACCCACGGGCCAGCGCUGGGGACCUGCUGGCCAGCGACACCCUCAGCCCCAACACUGCCAGGACAACACCUCCACCACCGCCGCCGGGAAGUCUUAACCUUCUCAUGCAGCAGAAGUAGAGCUCUCACGGGCACGUCCACCCUCGACCACGACCAUGGACCCUAGGCCCUAGGAGGAAAAGACAACAAGGAAAGAACGAGGACAACAACAACACACUCAGCUUCCGCAAAGAAGGACAAGCAGGACCCGGACGGUGACAUCAUUAUGAGGCUUGAGUACGGUCUCCUGAACUCCUCGUCCCUGGAGCUGAUUGAGCGUGUGAAGCAGUUUGCCAACCUGGUCCUGGCCCUCAUGAUGCUGUUCGCCAGGUACAAUCACUGGAUGGUGGGCGACAAGUUUGAGAGACUCGCCCCCUCACUGGUGUUCUUCAUGCUAACCUGCCGGCUCAUCGCUGAGUACCAAAUCCACCGGAAGGAGAAGAUGGACAAGGCGGCGGCAGCGGCCAAGAAGUCACCCGCCGCAGCCGCCGAAGGGAAGGACGGAGGAACAGCCGCCAACUCCAUCGCUGGCGGCUCCACGUCUACUCUCGUCUCCUCCUCCUCCUCCUCCUCCUCCUUCUCCUUGCCCUCCUCCUCCUCCUCCUUCUCCUCCUCCUCCUCCUCCUCCUCCUCGCCCUCCUCCUCCUCCUCUCAACAUGGACGGUCGAAGGAGGAUGUUUAGUGUGGAGGUGUUUGAUUGGGCGUGUUUGAGGCUCGUGCGUGUAGCGGAAAGUUCCAGUUGGCAACACUGCCAGGUGACAACAACAGCACGCGCCGAGGCCCGAGCAGCAUCCCUUCUGGCCCUGCCCAACCAGCCCCCUAAAACACCCCAGAAGAAGAAGACGACGAAGGCUCCACACCCACGGGCCAGCGCUGGGGACCUGCUGGCCAGCGACACCCUCAGCCCCAACACUGCCAGGACAACACCUCCACCACCGCCGCCGGGAAGUCUUAACCUUCUCAUGCAGCAGAAGUAGAGCUCUCACGGGCACGUCCACCCUCGACCACGACCACGGACCCUAGGCCGCCGGUGUGUGGAGGAAAAGAGAACAAGGAAAGAACGAGGACAACAACAACACACUCAGCCGCCGCAAAGAAGGACAAGCAGGACCCAGACGGUGACAUCAUUAUGAGGCUUGAGUACGGUCUCCUGAACUCCUCGUCCCUGGAGCUGAUUGAGCAACCCACGUGUACCUCCCCAGUCUAAUGGUGAGCCUGGCGCCGCCCCUCGUGGUCUUCCAGCCUCCUCACCAGUGCAUCUUCCACUCCUCCGAGCUUGUGUAUAACUUGACCAACCAGUGAUGAGAGCGUGUGAAGCAGUUUGCCAACCUGGUCCUGGCCCUCAUGAUGCUGUUCGCCAGGUACAAUCACUGGAUGGUGGCCGACAAGUUUGAGAGACUCGCCCCCUCACUGCCAAGAAGUCACCCGCCGCAGCCGCCGAAGGGAAGGACAGAGGAACAGCCGCCAACUCCAUCGCUGGCGGCUCCACAUCUACUCUCGUCUCCUCCUCCUCCUCCUCCUCCUCUCUCAACAUGGACGGUCGAAAAAGGAUGUUUAGUGUGGAGGUGUUUGAUUGGGAGCUCUCACGGGCACGUCCACCCUCGACCACGACCACGGACCCUAGGCCUCCGGUGUGUGGAGGAAAAGAGAACAAGGAAAGAACGAGGACAACAACAACACACUCAGCCGCCGCAAAGGUUGGGGCCGCCUCAUCUGCAGGGCUGGACAGCAGCAUGAGUGGCCAGGACAAGCAGGAGCAGACUGCUGCAGGGGGCAGGAGGGUCAGUGGUCACCAGAUGAAGCAACUUGCUGCUGGCAACUCCAGCAACAAAGGAGAGAGGAAGUUUGUGUGUCUGGAGUGUGGAAAAGAAUUCACCACAAGGGGAGGCCUCAGAUAUCACACCUUUACACACACUGGUGUGAAGAACUAUGAAUGUAAGGAAUGUGGGAAACUAUUCAUCCAGAAGAGUACCCUUGAUAGACACACCCUUAAACACACUGGUGUGAAGAACUAUGAAUGUAAGGAAUGUGGGAAACUAUUCACCCUGAAGGGUCACCUUGAUAGACACACCCUUACACACACUGGUGUGAAGAACUAUGAAUGUAAGGAAUUUGGGAAACUAUUCACCCUGAAGGGUCACCUUGAUACACACACCCUUACACACACUGGUGUGAAGAACUAUGAAUGUAAGGAAUGUGGGAAAAAAUUCAUCCGGAAGGGUAACCUUGAUAGACACACCCUUACACACACUGGUGUGAAGAACUAUGAAUGUAAGGAAUGUGGGAAAAAAUUCAUCCAGAAGAGUCACCUUGAUACACACACCCUUACACACACUGGUGUGAAGAACUAUGAAUGUAAGGAAUGUGGGAAACUAUUCAUCCUUAAGAGUACCCUUGAUACACACACCCUUACACACACUGGUGUGAAGAACUAUGAAUGUAAGGAAUGUGGGAAAAAAUUCAUCCGGAAGAGUCACCUUGAUACACACACCCUUACACACACUGGUGUAAAAAGUCAUGAGUGUGAAGAGUGCGGGAAGAGGUUCAGUGUGAAGCAGGCACUCAAUGAACACGUCUUCAGGCACUAUGGCCUUAGAGAGUUCAAGUGUGAUGUUUGUGGAAAGCUCUUUAAGACAAAGAGAGACAUUGCCAGGCACAUGAAGAUCCACUUCUGAAGUGUGUCUGCCUACAGUAGUUAUAGUGACCAAGGUAGGGAAGGGGAUGGGAGGGAGAGGAAGGGAAGAGAGAGGAAGGCAAGGCUGCAGUAGGGAAGGGAAGAAAAGGCAAGGAAGGGAAUCGAAGGCCAAGGAAGGAAAAGGGAAGGGAAGGCAGAGCAAGGAAGGAAAAGGGAAGGGAAGGGAAAGCUAGUCUGAGAAAGGGAAGGGAAGGAGAGGGAGGGUAAUGUGGUGUGGCUGGGUAUGGUGUGGUGUUAUGCGGAUGGGUAUGGUAUAGUGUGGUGUGUGGUGCGGAUGGGUAUGGUGUGGUGUUAUGCGGAUGGGUAUGGUAUAGUGUGGUGUGUGGUGCGGAUGGGUAUGGUGUGGUGUUAUGCGGAUGGAUAUGGUAUAGUGUGGUGUGUGGUGCGGAUGGGUAUGGUGUGGUGUUAUGCGGAUGGGUAUGGUAUAGUGUGGUGUGUGGUGCGGAUGGGUAUGGUAUGGUGUAGUGUGGUGUGUGGUGCGGCUGGGUAUGGUGUGGUGUGUGGUAUGGCUGGGUAUGGUGUGGUAUGUGGUGCAGCUGGGUAUGGUAUGGUGUGGUGUGGUGUGUGGUGUGGCUGGGUAUGGUGUGUGGUGCAGCUGGGUACGGUGUGGUGUGGUGUGGCUGGGUAUGGUGUGGUGUGGUGUGUGGUGUGGUUGGGUAUGGCUGGGUAUGGUGUGGUGUGGUGUGUGGUCUGGCUGGGUAUGGUGUGGUGUGGUGUGGCAGGAUUUGACUCGGCGACUUUUUACCUCGCUGUUGGUGGUGUUUGCAGAAGGACAAGCAGGACCCGGACGGUGACAUCAUUAUGAGGGUCAUUCCACCGUUACGGUCGUUUCAUUCGGAAGUAACUUAUUGGUGUACUCUUACCUGUAUCUCUAGAAGUUAUGCGGUUAGCUUGAUAUGAUUUUUACCAAGAUAGUACUAAUGGCUAAAGAGGUUAAUGAGACUAUCCGGAACAUUCUGUGUUUAUUGUUGUUCUUGUUAUUUAUUGUUGAAGAGGACGUUACGGCCGUUUCACAAAUGCAACCCGCAGUUUGACUUAGUGUUGUACAUAUGCAAAACUCUGUGAGAAUACAAAGAAAUUUCCAAAUAUUUUAUAUGCAUGUUAUAGAUGAAGCUUUAAGUUAUGCAAAUAUGUAUAGGUUUUGUCAAUUACCAUUUCAGUUUUUCAUACAAAAAAUAAAGAACGCCGUUACGGUCGUUUCGAAAAUUUCGU